AUAAAAUAAGGGGUUUAAGGAGUUUACUUCUUUCAAGGGGUUUUUGUCCAUUUUGCAGAGAGAGAAUUCAAAACAAGUAACGGAAUUUCAGAGAGAGAAACUCUGUGAAACUUAACGUAAAAAUCAUUGAUUUGAAUUUGAUCGUUGCUUCAGCAGUGAAGCGGAUUCUGGGGUGAGGCACCUUUGUGUUUGAUGAAUUCAGAUCUUUCCGUUUGAUGAGUUAUCAUUUUUAUACAUUUGUAAGAUAUGAAGUUGAAGAAGGGGCUUGAUCAUGGUCUUAAUGGAUUCCAUGUUGCCACUAUUCCCAAGGCUCCUCGAUCGACCAGGAGGAGGGCUCAACACAGGAAGACAGAUGAGGAUAGUGAAAUUUGUGCUAUUGAACUUCUGGCUUCUUUAGCCAGAAAGUUACUGCAGGAGUCUGAAAGUUCUGCUUCUAGUAAUGCAUCAAGGAAUGAUCAUGCUGCCAUUAGUAAAGAAACCGUUAAAGAUGGGUGUCUAUUUGAAGAUAAACCAUUGAAAACAGAAUGCCUUGAGCGGGGAAGCUGUGAAGGGAGUGCUGUCAUGUCUCAGUCAGCAUCCCAAAAUUGUGACCAAAAAUGCUCAUUAAAUGAGAUCCCACUUGCUGAAGAUGAUGACAUCUCGGAACGCACUUCAAAAUUCAUUGAUUCUGGUUUCUCAGGCAAAGUUGGUGGUGAUGCAAUUUACAAAAAUACUGUUGAGAAUGUGAGUCUUCCAAGUAAAGUGGAAGGAGGCUCCCCAAAUUUUGGGGAGUCAUUUUAUAAUGGCUUGGAGAAUGUACUUGAACAACAGUUGGAGACUAAUGGUGUGGAGAAAGGAGGUCUGAAUGGAGCUGAAGCAUGCAGUUCAAGGGAUCCAACAGAACUGUGUAUGACGUUUCCAUCGUUGAUCAAUUCUGACAGAGAUGUCAAAUUGCCAUCAUGCAGGAACCCUGUUCCUAAUUCCCUUUAUCAAACGCUUAGGAAUGCCAAUAAGUUAGGUGUUAGAGAUGAUGACGAUAAUUUAUCUAGGACAAACAAACUUAGCAACAAGUUAAAGGUUUAUAGGCCAGUGACACGUAUUGGAGACCGAAGAAUGAAGAAAUUGCUGACAUCUAAGUACUGGAAAGUAGCUCCAAAAUUGAAGGACUUUGAACAGUCUAGAGCUGAUGGCAGAAUAAGGCCUCUAAAUCGCAAAAGGAAGCCUUACAGCCAUGAGAGAUGUCAGCAUGAUGCUUUUCAUAAGAGGAGGAAAUUUCAUGAUCACAACUCAGUAGAUGCUUUUGAAGGGGGAUUCAGCAGUGAAAGUGUUACAGAUUCACCUGAGAAGGGGAGGAAUGGAGACAAAAGACGCAUAUCCUCAAUUUCCCGUGGAGCAAGUGGGAUGACUUCUUUUGGAGAUCAUCAAGCAACUCUCUACUCCAAGGAUUCUAAUGUAAAGUUCAGCAUUAAAUCCUUCAAGGUUCCUGAGAUUUUUGUUGAGGUCUCAGAAACCGCUACAGUUAGUUCUCUGAAGAGGACAAUAAUGGAUGCAGUGACUGCUAUACUUGGUGGUGGACUACGUGUUGGAGUACUUCUUCAUGGGAAGAAGAUUAGAGAUGACAACAGAACUCUGUCACAGACUGGAAUUUCUUCUGAAGACAGUCUGGAUACUCUGGUUUUCACUUUAGAGCCCAGUCCUGUGCAAGGCCCCCCACCUCUGUGCUCUGCUGAAAAUCCUCCACUUUUGUUACCAUGUGACACACCCCAACUUGCACCAAGGUCUUCAGUGACUUCUGCUUUAGAUUUAGCCAUUCCUAAUGCCUUACCUGGUCCUCCUCCUCCAACUAGUGAAGACAGCCAUGUUAAAAGUGAUUGUGAAUCCCUGAUUCCCCAUACUGACUUAUUUACCAACACAACUUUGCCUGAUUCCAGAGCUAUAGUUGCUGUUCCACCAAUUAAAGUUGAAGCACUAGCUGUGGUUCCUGUGAACCAGAAAAUUAGGCGAACUGAUAUUGCACAACGUCGAACCAGGAGACCAUUUUCUGUGUCAGAAGUAGAAGCACUGGUGCAGGCUGUCGAGGAACUUGGAACUGGGAGGUGGCGUGAUGUUAAACUGCGUUCUUUUGAGGAUUCAGAUCAUCGAACUUAUGUGGACUUAAAGGAUAAAUGGAAAACGCUGGUUCAUACUGCAAGAAUUUCUCCUCAACAAAGAAGGGGAGAGCCUGUGCCCCAGGAAUUGUUGGACAGAGUGUUGGCAGCCCAUGCUUACUGGUCUCAGAAUCACGUGAAACAGCAAGGCAAACAUCAGCCUGGAAUACCGAAAAUUUAUCCCCAGGCCAACGAAGAUGGAGUGCCUGCUGUCUAAUUGCGACGAUGUAAAAAGCAGAAAUUCGAAACACCUUUGAGUCUCAAUCAUCAAUACCCAAACUCACUCAUCUUGGUAGAAGGGUUAAGCCAAUUUGGUUGAAAUCAUGAAGCAAAUAGAUUUUUAUAAAAUGUGAACGUUUAGGGAUGAAUUCUGUUUGAAGACGAAAGUAAAGCAAGUUAGGUAGUUGUGAAGGUUGGUUGGUUGCGAAGGGUAAGUUAAUUUGGUGGCGGUGGGUGAAUAGUUAGUUCCCAGCACGACAGAGCAACCAAAUUGGGCAAACGUCAAUUAGUUCGUUGGCUAGUAAGUUUCCUCUAAAUUCCGUUUCUGCCUUGUAUUAAUCAAUUAUUAUUAUUAUAUUAGCAACAACCAUAGCCGGUGUUGCACGCCGCCUUGUUGUAGCUGUGCCUACGCACAUGCAAUUCUUCUUCUCUUCUUUGUCCUUUUCUUACCCCAGUUUGUGAUAGAGAUAGAAGGUAUCAAUCUUCACGUGAAGAUUCUUCUUUCUCCAUUC